AUGAUAGAUCUCUUCAGACCUAGGAGCCAGUUCCAUCAACUCUUCGAGAUAACUCUAAUCCAGGAAGACUGGCCAGCUUGUCACUUAUCCUUCUUUAUAUGGGAUUGGCUUGGAAUCGAGAUUACUCGUCUUGAGUCGGAUCUUCGAUCAAGCCGCGUCAACGAGCAGCGUCUCGCACAGCAUUUGGCAGAAUCCGAAGAGGUCAGUCUGGCAGCGAUUCGUCGUUCUGAAGCUCGGGCUGUGUAUGCCGAGGCAAAACUGGCUAUUCUCAGCGACCAGCUACCGAGCGCCCGCCAACCCUUCUCUGAGGCUGGACAGUCGAUCUCCAGUCUCGGCAAGCAUGUAGGUUGA